AUGGUCCAUACCCAACCCCAGCCCGGGGUAGAUGGAUUUUACAAGGGUCCAGAUCACUGGAAGCUAAUAUCUGCAGAACAUUGCUAUGGUUUUCUAACUCCUGUGGAGAAAAUACAACCAGGUCCUACUUCCUGGGAAAGCCACACCAACCCAGAACGUUUGUGGUACCAUAGGGAUGGCUCAGUUGGACCUGUAGGACGGAAUGGCAAGUCAGGGACAGAUCAACUCCUUGAAUUCACGAGCAUGAUUUAUUAUCGUUUCCAUUUACUGUGCCGAAUUGAUGUUGGUAUCAUUUGGGAUGACUGGGUACCAUCUGAAGCACGCUACAGAUUUAUAGUCAAUGAAGUGCAGGAAGGCAUGUAUGGCCUAAUGAUGAUUGGAAAGGAUAGCCGAGGUGCCAUACCCAAAGGUAACGUCGAAGCUACCCCAUACGUCAAACUACGUGCCGCUUCUCCGUUACCACCUCCAACACUCGAGGACGUCUACUUCCAACCCCCAGUUCCCGGGACCUCACCUCCUGGGCGUCGAGUACAACUCCUCCUACACAACGCUACUAGAUUCCAUACCUCAUCUUCCUCUACCUACACCUUAGGGACCCUCCUGGACCUUACAGGAACCCCUUCAAGGGUCACAUCUCUCAAUCCCAGCCACUUCUAG